ACCUGGAACAUCGAUCAGUGGUCGUGUUGGGUUCGCGGGAGGAGAGUGCUCUGAAGGGGGGAUGGGAGGUCAGGGUGGCUUGCCAGCUACGCCUCCUGAUCAAGAGGUGGGCAUGUCAAACGACUCGGAGGACGACCAUCCACGUGCUCCUUUGAAACCGGGCUUGCAUGUAUCUCGCCACCACCGUUUGCUUGGGGAGUGGACGCCAUAUGGAGGCGGCGAUGGCGAACGGUUGCGACAGGGCUCAGAAUCGAUGACUCCUCGUGGUCUGGUGGAAAGGAUCGGUUCCUUCGUUCGUGGCAUGCAGGUGGCCGAGGUUUCGCCUGGAGAUCGAGCGGGUGGUCCGCAGGUUCGGGAGGUGCGUGGGUCAAAUGAGACAACUCGCCGGGCCCGACCAGCGCCGGCACAACUGCAGACGGAGUUGAGCCAGGAACGAGAAGCAAGUGGGAACGUCGCCGGUGAGGAGGAGGUGUCCGAGCAGAGGCUGUUCCGUGAGAGAUCGGCUGAAAAGACUCAGUCGGGAGGCAAGCGCAACUUGCCAGAUGAGGAAGAGCGAGAGGGAGUAGGUGCUCUGAAAAGGCAGAGAAGGGCAGGAGGGAGUGCUCGGACGCCAACAACACGAGAGGGCGGUUCCGUUGAGAAGAGGAAAAGGGUUGGAGGUGGGAAUGAAACGCCAAAAGACUCGUCGACACGGCGAAGAACCGGUGAGUCUUCCAAGAAACGGUCGAAAUCAUCGAGGGGGAAGAAAGCAGACGAGGGCGACAGCGGGGAGGGGGAUGACGACGUGGAGAUUAACCUCAACGCCUUUAACCUCGACAAUGCGUUCUUCCUCGAGAUGCAGACAGGGGUGCCGAAGCACGUCGUGUUGCACAUUCAUCCCGAAAGAAUAUUAGUUAUUCCAGACUGGGAAGACGCGUACAACCACCGAUCCUUGGACGAGUUCCUCGUUGAUACCAUCGCGUCGGUUAUGAUCGACUGCUACGAAUGCAAAGACAUGAGAUACACGAAGCCCAUUUUUGUUCUCGCUCUGAUCGUUGCGCCUCGAGAGAACGGCGAGCCUGCUGUGCGCGUGCUGCUUGCUGACUUCGACAGCUCACACCCAGAGAAAUACUAACCGAUCUACUUCCCUGACGACGAGUUAGACGGCUACGCCCAUGUCAGCUGCGAAGACAACAUGAAAGACAAGAAGAAUCCACCGCGCUUGCAGGUUUUGUCUAUGCGGGACAUUCGCAAUAUCUGGAAAGUUAAGGGCAAACCACGUGUGGUGCUCGGCAAUGCCUCCAAGAAACAGGACGAGGUGCGAAAGUGGGUGCGGUUCAUGGCGUUGGCAAUGAAGAAGACGCCGUACACGCCUAUCUGGAACCUGUCAACGGAAGUAAAGAAAAGAAAGGAAUGGGAUGAGAAACUUCGAUACUACCUCCCGCUGGCCAUGGCAGAUGACUACGUUUUUGCUUUGGGGUUGAAGUUCUAUGAGGAGUGGUUGAAAGGGAAACUCCUUGCUUCCGACGGCUGGCGUUGGACUGAAAAGCCGCCCACCCAUGAGGAGGUGGCCAAGCCAGGACUCUCCACUGUGACUGACAGCCAGGGGCUGAAGAAACACGGCUGGUACGUGAAGGUGGACGACCCGUCGUUGAAAAAGGGAAGGGGGAAGCCAAAGAAAGGCGCGGAGGAGAAAAUUUUCUACGUCCAAGUUCCGGAGCCAAAUGUCCACUGCCAGAAGGAAUUCAUAAACUUGACGGACCGCGAGAAGAAAAGGCUCAAGAAGUUGGUCGAGCAGGGGAAGUUCAGUGUCAAGGAGAUGGUCGACAUAAUAAAAAUGGACCGGAUUAUGAUGAGGCUGUGGCACUACGUGGAGUUCGAGUACGAGGAAAUGGAUAAGCGGGAGUGGAAUGCCAACUCCACGUUCUUCAGGUCUAAGAAGCAACUGUUCGAAGAGUUAAAGGACAGAGGUCUCGACGACAAGCUUUGGAACGAGAGCAGGAAAUUUUUCACGGACACCACAUACGUCAACAAGUACCCUAAGCUUCUCGAGUGUCAACACGACAACAACAUCAAGAGAACGGCGGCCCUCGUCAACGACCAGCAUUUCCCGGCGGAGUGGAAGUGUGUCGUCCUUUCGGUGAUCACUGGAGAUCACGCCAAAGGCAAAAAAAGCCCUCGGGGCGUUGAUGAUUGCAUCAACAUUAUGUGGACAAGAACAAGCGCCUUGACGACGCUAGCCCAGUUUAACGUCGACCCAUUGAGUGCCAGAGAUCAUAAGGAGGUGCUGGGAAAACUAGGGCAUCAGCUACGCUGCCACACUUGCGUGCUCGACUUAUGCGGUACUAUGGACCGUGCGCAAUGGGACUCAAGGGCAUUCGCGUCUCUGAGUACGUUGCUGGGCUUUGUUUGUGAGGACUACUGGACAUUGGUGGUAUUCGUCCCCUGCCUGUGGAACCUCUCCUUCAUGACAUGUUUGUCUGCGCUUGGGGCUACCCGAUGCUACACGGGGAAGUGGGUUCGGAAGAUGGCAUCGAAGAAGACGCAUCAGUUCGGAAACAGCGUCUGGGAGGACCCGGAUGUGAUGCACAUCCUUUUCAAAGGCGAGGAUGCUCGGCUACUGACUCACCCGGUGUACGAGGGAGCUGUUGCUGAAAACGCCGCCGCCGCUCUCCGGAGGAAACAGAAAGUGACACCCACGGAUGUGGAGGAGAAGUCUUUCAAGUCCUUGACUUUCGCGGACAUCCGAAACCUGACCCAGAGGUGGGCUCUGUACAAGGACGGCGAGCGGAAUCUGAAUCAGUUACGCAAUCAACUUCUUUUAUUUUGUGGUGUGGCGGAUGCCGUGCAGUUCCUGGGCAAGCCGCACAUGCAGGUGGUGUGGAGUCUGCUUCAGCAGGGAAGGCACGUCUUGGCCGUGGAUGGGGACACAACGCAGCUCGAAUACACCGUGCAGUAUGUCACCCAUGAAGUGUUGUCCAAGGCUUACCCAUGCGAUUUUCACCAUGUCGUGGUCGAGCCCGUUUAUGACCCGAACAAGGACAUGUUCUUAAAGUUGACUCCGAAGAAAAGGCGCCGGGUCUACUCCUUCCUUUACGGUGAACAACCAAGGUUGAGAUUUGACCCACAGUACGUGGUGCGGAAGGAAGUCGCCAUUGCGGUCCUCCAGGGCUACCACGGAGCGAGUCGGGCCGGCGCUGUGAGCUUCAUUAAGAGGCUGGAAUAUGUCUUUUUUUACGAGGAUGUUGUCGAUCCGGCCGACUUCACUUUGGAUAAGUACAAGCUGGCAUUCGGUGAGGAGGACGACUUCAAUAUCGAGAUUGAGCAGGAGGAGAGCGUUGAGGACGACCUCUUUGAUUUGGACGGGCAAUUGGCCAUCUUCAACGCCCAAGUUUCUGAGUCGCCAUCGGUAUGCAAAUCGGGGACACCUCUCGCUACACCUACCUCGGGCGGUCCCACGCCCGUGUCCUCCUCAGCGCCUGUUUAGAGGGGUGGGUUGUCCCGUCUGAGGAGUUCACCGGGGGAGCCUAUUCGUCUCACGCCGCAGCCCGAACGUCUUCGCCCCGGCCAUCCAGUUCCUCCGGACCAUCCGCAUCUCAAGGCUCGUGCGA